GUGGCAAGGGAAAGCGGGCGGGCGAGGGCGGUGUGAGCGAGUGAGUGUAUGAGUGUCCCGCAGUGUCCCGCCUCCCGCCUCUGCCUCGCUCACGACCUUUGAGGGACAGACGUGGCAUUUCCCGCCUGCUGCUCCUCGCCACUCCACCCCAGACAGCGGCGCCGCACGCACCAACACGGGAGACACUGCCUGGCUGCCUCGCUAAGAAACUAUGGCAGAGACGGCACAGAUGGGAAUGAAGGAAGAAGAGGAAGAGGAGGAGGAGGAUGAUGAGGAUGAGGAUGAGGUAGAUGAGGAGGAAGAGGAGGAGGAGGAGGAGGAGGAGGAGGAGGAGGAGGAAGAGGAAGAGGUGAAGAUAGAAGAGAUGGAGGAGGACAGAGGGCGGUGGGGAGGGGCCAAGAGAAGGCCACCCCCCAGCCCCUUUCCGCCCCUACCCUGGCCUGAGCUGGUGUUUUAUUUUGUGUCCUUCUGGGCCGGGUGUCUGUACAGCCUGGCCCGCUUCUACCGCACCUCCCAGCGAUGGGGACAGUACCUCCCCGUCACCCAGGUUCCGGAGGGAUGGGGAGGGGUGCGGCAGGACCAGACAGACUUGGAGUGGUUUGUGUGGAUCCCUAUCAUGCGUGCCUAUGCCCCCUUCGGCUUGCUUCAUGUCAUGCUGGCUCAGACUGUCCGCAGGUUCUGGCCUCAGUACCUGUGCACAUUCUACAUCGCCUUCAGCCUGUGCAUCACACUGGCUCUCAUCGGACGGGUGGGCACAGCGCUGUGUUUGGCAGUGCCAGCACUCAUGUUUGUGGUGCUGCUCACUCGUCUCAAGCUGCUGGUGUGGCUGGCCUGGUGCCUCAUCCUCAUCCUCUUCAACACACACUUCUUUACUAGCCAUCUGGAGGCAUGGGUGGAGGACACACCUGAGGGGGACUACAAGGUGUCGGUGAUGGUGGCAUGGAUCAUCCUCCGUUCUCUCAGCUUCAGCCUGGAGAUUUGCGACACUGACCCCUACGCCCGCCUGCCUCCCGUCCCCCUCCUCACAACCCUCCUCGGCUACUGCCUCUACCUCCCCUUCCUCUGCACAGGGCCCUACAUGCCUUACACGGACUUCAGAGCUGGGCUGUCGGAGCCGUACCGUAUGUGGACUUUGCGGCGAGUGGUUUGGACGGGCCUCCAGAUCCUCCGCUUCGUGUGGUGGUUGGGUCUUACACAGUUCCUCCUCUUCCACUUCUAUGCCCACUCCCUCCACUUCAUGCCAGAGUUGGUGAAGAAAAUGAGUUCGUGGUCACUGGCUGGGUUUGUGUACUUCCUCACUGCCUUCCUGCAACUCAAGUAUGUGGUGCUGUAUGGUCUUCCCUCAGUCCUGGCGCGUGUUGAGGGUUAUGAUCCACCUCGGCACCCUCGCUGCACCCUCAUGACUUAUCGCUUCUCUGAUGUGUGGCGCUACUUCGACCAUGGACUCUAUCGCUUCAUGCUCAAACACAUCUAUAUCCCGUGGGUGGGUGCGGACAACAGCCUAGCCCGUCAGCUCCAAGGCACGGCCCUCGUCUUCACCUUCGUCUAUGUUUGGCACGGAGUCUCGGCACAGAUCUUCUGGUGGGCUGCCAUCAACUUCCUAGGUGUGGUGGUGGAGAAGCUGGCCGACCACAUUGCCAGGCUGCCGCAGUACAGGGCCUGGGAGGACCGGUGGCUGCGGGGGGCGUGGCGGCGGAGGUUCCUGGGCCUGGCAGCAGUGGGGCUGUAUGUGCCCUCUCUGGCUGCCCUCACCAUCUUCCUAUCUAACCUUGAGAAUGCUGUCACUGUCACCAACAGGAUAUUUGUGACGGGCUUCCCUCACUGCACCCUCAGCACCUUCUUCUUCAUGUUCUGCCUGGGCCAGUGUAGCAUGGAGCUGCAGAACUGGAAGAUGCGGCAGAAGGAGAGGCUCAAGCUGUCCUAGGCCGCCCGGUGAGGUGGUGGUGGUGCUGGUGGUGGUGGUGGUGGCGGCGGCUGCAGCAGCGGUGGCGGCGGCGCGGCAGAGGAGGAGUUGCCAUACCGAGUCUAUUGUUUGUGUGUUCUGUUUUUAGAGAGAGAGAGAGAGAGAGAGAGAGAGAGAGAGAGAGAGAGAGAGAGAGAGAGAGAGAGAGAGUUCCAGUAAUUUUAAGUCGUUUCUGUUCCUCGUUUUAUCCAUUUUCUAUUCUCUCUCUCUCUCUCUCUCUCUCUCUCUCUCUCUCUCUCUCUCUCUCUCUCUCUCUCUCUCUCUCUCUCUCUCUCUCUCUCUCUCUCUCUCUCUCACUCUUUUAUAGUAGAUAACAAGUGCAAAGAUUUAUAAAUAAUAUAUAUUUAGAUAAAAAGAAAAUACAAAAAAAUGUAUGUAUGUAUGUUUGUAUGUAUGUACGUAUGUUACGCAAUCCUGAGAGAUAUUGUAACACACACACACACACACACACACACACACACACACACACACACACACACACACACACACACGUACGUACUUUUUGCUUUAUACAUGAUCUUAUUAAUUAAGUAAGAAAAAUGUGAUAAAUAAAGAAAUAAAUAUGUCAAAAGAUG